AUUUAGUGAGCUACUGUGUCAACAAAGCGGACCAAAUAGUAGUCUCUGCAGAGAUUUAUAAUUAUUGUUAAUUCAGACAUCCUGCAGAUUGGAUAAUGUGUCCUGCUGUCUCUGAGGAUUUUUAAUCUAUCAUGAAAUCGAGAGGAAAAGGAUCCUGGAUUUGAGAGUUAUUAGAGGUAUCAGACAGCAGCCAUUAAAAUGUGUAUGGAUUCUUUUGAUAGCGAUUCGUCCAUGGCUGGGUUUGUCUCUCUCGUUACCUCUACCUGGAGAUAAAAGAGCUGGAAACAUGAGUGUCGUCGGGCUCUCUGAGUUAGGGAUCACCCAAAGGGCUUGAUAUGAAACCUCUGACCUUCCGCUGGCUCUGCGUGCUGAGUCUGAGCCUCCCUCUGUUGGUUUGGUUCGGACAUGUGAUCACGCGGGACGGUCCUCCGACCCCUGCUGAGAAAGGCUCCACGCUCAGGGGCUACAUGAGGAUCAGCCCAAGAGGGAUGGACCAGUUCCUGGAUAUUCACUGUAACCACUGUGCCUUGGUCUCCAGCUCUGGUCACUUGCUUGGAGCUGGCGCUGGAGAAGAGAUAGACAAGACUGGAUGUGUGUUACGGAUGAACAAUGCACCAACACUGGGGUUUGAGAGAGACGUGGGGAGCCGCACCACUGUCCGGGUUGUGUCUCACACCAGCGUACCCCGGCUGGUUAAAAACGAGAGCUACUAUUUCGGGCAGUCAGUGAACACCACGUAUGUGUUCUGGGGUCCUGAGAGGAACAUGAGGCAAGACGGGAAGGGACUGAUCUACGAUGCGCUCAUGAAAACAGCAAAGAGAUAUCCAAGCACCUCAAUGUAUGCCGUGACCAGAGAGAAGGUUGAGUCCUGUGAUAAUGUCUUUGAGAAUGAAACUGGGAAAAACAGGAUUAAAACAGGGACGUAUCUCAGCACUGGAUUCUUCACAAUGAUUCUGGCCAUAGAAAUGUGCGACAGCAUCCAGGUUUAUGGAAUGAUCGAUGAUAACUUCUGCAGACGAGCCAUCCACAGUCCCGUUCCUUACCACUAUUACGAGAAGGUCUGGCUGGAUGAGUGUAAGAUGUACAAUUUCCACGAGCACCGCCGGCGUGGGGGUCAUCGAUUCAUCACCGAGAAGGCCAUCUAUGCCAAGUGGGCUACUCAGCACAAGAUCGAGUUCAAACACCCGUCAUGGAGCCCGUAGAGGAGGAAGAGUUAUUUUAAACUCUUCUUCUGACAGUGGGAUUCUCCUGAGCUGGCCUUUGUUCCUCUUUGUUAAGGUUAAAGUGUUGCCUGAGCUGGAACUCUGUCAUUUACAUUUCAGCAGUUUCAUAUGAAAGAGGAAGACAAGUUUAAUUCUGGCUUAUAGUGGAGGAAAUAAUCUGCAACCAAAAGUAUAAAAAAUGUUACAAAUUUAGCAGCAGUCAGCUGUUAAAAAGUAGUGAGUGCCACUUACAGUAUUAGUACAUGUCUGUUAUGUGAAGCCAUAUAUCAGUGUAGAUGCUGAAUAUUACGCCUCUAAACUAGCAACCAAAACCUGUUUAAACCAAAGCUUACAGAUUUUCAUUUUAUUUACCUGUGCCUUGAUGUUCAGACUGAUUCCGCACAAUUUUAUAUUUACUGCUGCAGCUACAUUAGCACUUUUACUUUAUGAUUCAAGAGGUGUUACGUUACUGGCUGUAAUAAUGAAUUAUUUGCAUUGACAAUUAUUUUGCAAUUAAUUUUCUAAUCUACGUUUUAACAAACACUAAACAGUUUUAAACAGAAAUCUCAAUCAUAGUUUACCAGGACUGAAAAGUGAAACAGUGUUUGCAUUUUUGCCUCAAGAAUAAGAAUUGAUUGCAGAAAUAUUACAGGAUUAAUUUUCUGUUGAUCAACUGGUUGAUAAACUGAGUGCUUUUAGCCGCCUUGUUUUUAUAUGCUAGACAUGCCUCAGUGCUUUCGCCAGUAAAGCACAGUACUCUGCCUUAAGACAGGACAGGUAACUUUUUAAAGAGGUGGUAUUAUGCUUUUUUCAUAUUUCAUUUUUUUUUUUUUAAAAAGGAAUUGAAAUGUAUGAUAUCAAAACUAAGCAAAGUUUCAAAUAACAAUGUAAAAGCAUGUUGAAGUAAGCCCAGGAUGAGACUGCAUGCUUCUCUCAAUGUCUUGUUCUAAAAGUCACGUGAGAGUUCAGCGAGAUCAACAUGAGAUUUGCUCAAACUGUGACAUCACCUGUUGGUGAAUAUUGUUAAAAGUCGACAUUUGCCAUUUUAAAAAGAGAAGCUUUUGUUUCAUGGUGCAACAAUGGAGGAGGCUUCUAGAAAGCUGGGAUGUGGAAUGUUCUUGGGUGGGUGGGGGGGUCAUUUAAAGCUUCUACAAAGCUGUUAAAGGGAGAAUAUAAGGCCUAGAAAAAACAUGAUACCCCUCUUUAAGAAAUGUCCUGUCGUCUGAUUCAUGAUGUCUGUCAUGUAGUGAUGCUUAAAGCUAAGGAAAUCAUCCAAAAACCGUGUUCUAUUUUUAAAUCCCAAAAAUCAUGAAAUUGAGUUAAAUAUUGUUAGAGUUGUUUCCCUUAUUGUUCUGGCCUAGAAGCUGCUGACCUAAACUCUAGAGGUUCAUUCUCAUAGACCAGACUCUAAAGGUUGUAAACUACCGUUACCCUUUUUUCUUUUUCAAACUGUACCCCAUUUUUUCCUUCCCCUGACUGCAACAAGCUACAGUGUUGAAGUGUUUGACAUAGCAGUGCCUAGUGAGCUUUAAUUGCCUUGAAAUGUCCUGUGCGCUCAUGUAAAUGUGAUGCUGCUGUUGUUCCACAUGUGGAAUCAGGUGAGACAUGAGUGACGGAACAUGCAGCAUGUCUUGAUGUCACUUGUAGGCUUACACUCAUUCUGACAGGUUUCCCACCAUUUCUCCUUUAAGCGCCACAGACGGCGUUCAGUCCAGGCACUGUGUAUUUGACACACAAUGUUAAAUACAGCUUACCCUUUUUUAUUUUACUGCCUAGAAACAUUAAAAAACAUUGUGCUGCCUUUUUAGCUGUACAAUGCUUUUCCAAACACUGGAACAGUAUUUGCACUACUGAGCUAACUACUGUGUCAAAGUGUUCAUCAUGCAUUGAGUGAUCAAAUGAUGUUGUUGAUGACCUUUUUGGUAUCUAUUAUCAGUGUAAUUAUGUAGUGAACUGUGCAAGCUGAAAACUUGAAUGUAAACUUGAAGCACUGCUUGUUGGUGUCACUGAGAAUAAACCUGCUGUCGAGUACA